UAUUUCCGAGUGACACAUUCCUCGUUUACCGGACCCAAACAGAACAGGUGAUGUUUUAAGUAGUGACACAAGUUGUACGUUUUGGUUGAUGUAAUUGAUCGAUUCCUUUCUUGAGACAAGAGGGAUGUUGAGUUCCAAGCUGCUGACUCUGGUUCUGGUGGUCCAGCCUGGCCGGGUGCUACUGGGCAUGAAGAAGCGAGGGUUCGGGGCUGGGAGGUGGAACGGUUUUGGGGGGAAAGUCCAAAGUGGAGAAACUGUCGAGGAAGGAGCAAGGAGGGAACUCCUUGAAGAAAGUGGCCUCACAGUGGACACGCUGGAAAAGGUGGGAAACAUCAAAUUUGAAAUGGUCAGUGAUGCGCAGCUGCUCGACGUCCAUAUUUUUAGAGCCGACUCGUACAAUGGAGAGCCAACGGAAACGGAAGAAAUGAGACCUCGCUGGUUCGACUCUGACAAAAUCCCUUUUGAGCAAAUGUGGCCCGACGACAAGCUGUGGUUCCCGCUGCUACUGCAGAAGAAGAAAUUUGUGGGCAACGUUCAGUUCCAAGGCCACGACAUUAUUCUAAGCUACAAGCUGGACGAGGUGGAUGAGCUGUGAGAUGAUGGGAAGCUGUGUGGGAGGUGUCAUAAAUAUCUUCUAGAAGUUGCCUUUGCUGUUACUGGAAAAAUAUGAAUACUGGUAAAAUGCCAAAAAAUAUUGGACCAAAAUAUAGUAUAAUAGCACAAUUAGGGGUGAGCAUAAAGUUUGUCAAUUGUC